UUCUCCUUCCCACCCUCCCACCCUCCCCCUCACUCUUUCUUACAUUUUUUUUUCUACUCAAAAUGUUUAGAACAAUAGUAUCACAACGUAUAAGGGCCAUUUUGCCACAUGUCCGUCAUUCGAUUGUUGUUCAACCAUCGACGGCAAUUCGUUUAACAACAAAUAGUGUACGCCUCAUUUCGACCUCAAGACCUCAAGCCAUCUGGCUUCCCUUUGAUCGGUCUGAAUUACCAGAGGAUGACCCACGUCGUAGUGAGCAGUUUGAAGAUGAAACUGACGUUGUCAUUAUUGGUGGUGGUCCUGCUGGUCUUGCUGCUGCUAUUCGUCUUAAACAAUUAGCUAAUGAACGAAAUCAAGAAUGUCGUGUGAUGGUAGUUGAAAAAGCUGGUGAAAUUGGUGCUCAUACGUUGAGUGGAGCUGUCCUUGAGCCUAGAGCCUUAGAUGAGUUAAUACCAGAUUGGCAAGAGAGAGGUGCUCCUUUAAAUACACCUGUUACUAGUGAUGCCAUGCGUCUCUUGACGCCCACGAUGGCUAUACCUUUGCCUCAUCCUCCUCAAAUGAAUAAUAAGGGUAACUAUAUUGUAUCCUUGAGUAAUUUUGUUAAAUGGCUUGGUGAACAGGCAGAAGAAUUGGGUGUUGAAAUUUAUCCUGGAUUUGCUGCAAGUGAAGUGCUUUAUGAUGAAAAUGGAAAUGUACGUGGUGUAAACUUGAAUGAUGUUGGAUUGGAUAAAAACUUUGAACCGAAAGAUAUAUAUGAAAGAGGUAUGGCAGUUCAAGCCAAGGUGACAUUAUUGGCAGAAGGUUGUCAUGGCUCACUCACCAAAACAUUGGUUAAGAAAUUUGAUUUAAGAAAGGAGAGUGGACCUCAAAAGUAUGGUAUUGGUCUUAAGGAAGUAUGGGAAGUUUUACCUGAAAAGCAUAAACCAGGUAGUGUAAUUCAUUCAGUAGGAUGGCCUGUUGAUAUGCAUACCUAUGGUGGAAGUUUCGUUUAUCAUUUUGAAGCAGAUCGUCAUUUGGUGGCAGUAGGCUACGUGGUAGGAUUAGAUUAUAGUAAUCCUUAUUUAAAUCCCUACAAGACAUUUCAACAAUUUAAGCAUCAUCCCAGUGUGAAGUCAGUUUUGGAAGGAGGAAAGUGUAUUUCUUAUGGUGCAAGAGCCAUUAACGAAGGUGGCUAUCAAGCAAUUCCCAAAUUAGUAUUCCCAGGAGGUGCCUUAAUUGGAUGUACAGCAGGUUUCUUGAAUGUUCCCAAGAUCAAGGGUACACAUACAGCAAUGAAAUCUGGUAUGUUAGCUGCUGAAUCUGCCUUUGAAAAAAUAUUUGGUGAUGAUGCAGUAGAAGAUCAACCUAUUUUAUUGGAUACAUAUGAAGAAAAUAUCAAGAAUUCUUGGGUUUAUAAAGAACUACAUGAAGUACGAAACUGUAUUCCUUCUUUCCAUACACCUUUAGGAUUAUGGGGUGGUAUGAUUUAUUCUGGUAUUGAAACGCUUUUAUUAAAGGGUCGUACACCAUGGACCUUUAAGCAUAAAAAAGCAGACUGGGAAUACAUGAAGACAGCUGCUGAAUGUAAACCUAUUGAAUACCCUAAACCUGAUGGCGUUAUUUCUUUUGAUUUGUUGACUAAUGUUUCACGUACAGGCACAAAUCAUGCAGAAAAUCAGCCUGUUCAUUUGCGUAUUCGAGAUAAAGAUGUUCCUGUCGAAAGAAACUUAGCAAUCUUUGAUGGACCAGAAAAUAGAUUCUGUCCUGCUGGCGUUUAUGAAUAUGUCGAUAAUGAAGAUAAACCUGGAGAAAAGAGACUCCAAAUUAACUCUCAAAAUUGUAUUCAUUGUAAGACGUGUGAUAUCAAAGAUCCUUCACAAAAUAUUGAUUGGACUGUUCCCGAAGGUGGUGGAGGACCUCAAUAUGUCUGGACUUAAGUUUGAUAAAAAAAAUAAGAAGAAGGGAAAUAGAAAAUUCCCUUUUUAUCACAUUUUUUUUUAUUAUUUCGUUUGUUUUUAUAUAUAAAAUAAAUCGUCUGUUUUUUUAUGUUCA